AUGGUAAGUAUGGACUAUCAGCAGAUCAAUGCUGACCACACAGUGUUCAUUCAAAGAAAUGAUGGUCGCACCACUAUACUUGUUGUGUAUGUGGAUGAUAUGAUAGUUACUGUUGAUGAUGAGGGAGAUAUUGCGCAACUAAAGUCAAGAUUGGGCAAAGAGUUUGAGAUGAACCUGGGACAACUUAGAUGCUUCUUUGGAAUUGAGGUGGCUCGUGGUGCAAAGACGAUUAUCCUAUCUCAGAUGAAGAAGAAUGAACAUGUGAGCAUUGAGGGUUAUUAUGGCUCUAACUGGGGGAGUUGUCUUGAUGAUAGGAGGUCCACAUCUGGAUACUACAUGUUUGUAGGUGGUAACUUGGUUUCUUGGAAGAGUAAAAAGCAGCCGAUAGUAGCGAGCUCAACAACAGAGACAGAAUAUAGGGCCAUGGCCUUAGGAGUUGCUGAGAUGAUGUGGCUGAAAACCUUAUUGGUAGAGCUCAAGACAGAUCAAGGAGCUUAA